UUACGUGUACAAGUCAUGUUGAUGAAGAAUUAGAAUUUUAUUUUGUCGGUAAAUUGUUUUCUUUGAUUCUCUUGACUGUUUUAAUUGUUGCAAUUAAUUUUUGAUUAUGGCUUUUGGUAAAUUAAUUUUAAUCUUUGCUCUUACAGCGGUUUGUCAGGGUUGUCAGAUUGGUGAUAUUAGUUCAUCCAGUUAUUCAACCACUGAUGGACUUGUCAUCUCAGAAACUGCCUAUGUUGUUAAUUUCAACGUUGCCUGUAAAGACUCAGCUAAAUCUGACUCUUUGGUACUUUUUGCUGACCUUGGAGAGGGUAAAAUUUUACCUGUAGCCAAAUCAGAUGAUGGAAGCCGAUUCCAAAUUUCAUGGACUUCUGAGUUGAGUAAAUCAUAUUCAAAUAGUUAUGAGAUUAAAGUUCAUGACGAAGAAGGUUUGAGCAACUUGAAAAGAGCCCAAAGGAAGGAAAGUAAAGAGGAAGUUACUCCAUUAUUCAAGAUUAACUUCUCUCACCCUGGUACUUACCGAGGUCCUUGGUUCCAGACUGAAAUGAUCGCUUCCGUUAUUUCAAUUCUUGUUUGGUGGGUCGCAUAUACACAUAAAUCUAAAUUGGAUUAAAAUCCUUACAUAAUAUAAAUACAAUUAACAAAUUUAUAUCUACUAAUUUCAUAGGUAUCCAAAUUAUUUGAAUUUAAUAAAUAAUUACUUGAUGACUUGUUCUCAAUUAACUAUUUUCCUACCAAA